CCAAGGUCUCGCGAGCUUCAGCAAGUCACAUCCAGCAUCAAAAGAAGCCCGAACAGUUCAAGGGCUCGAUCCAGCUCCAGAUAUAAAAGAACGGACAUCUCCUGACCCUCCUGGUAUUCCUCUCUUUCUUUUCCUCUCCCAAACCUAAACUCAGACAACUGCUGGGACUACUUGAUUACAGCAAGCCUCGGUCCCUCUGCUCCGCAACAAUGGAGCUCCAGCCUCUUCCCUCUCGCCAGGACGGCAAUCCCGCCAACCUGGCUCCCCUCUCGACCAGACCCGUCCAGCUUCACGAAGCUGACCCGGGACACAAAUCGCCUCCGGGACCUUCUUCACCAUCCGAAGAAGCCAUCCCCACCGAUACCGAUCCCCCUAAGCGUCUUUCCACCCCGCGCCUUCUGCUGACCCUCACGGCCCUGGCCCUGUCCAUCUUCCUCUACGCCAUGGACAUGACCAUCCUGAGCAACAUCGUGCCAGCCAUCACGGCCGAUUUCCACAGCCUGCACCACGUCACCUGGUACGGCAGCGCCUUCUUCCUCACCACGGCCCCCUUCCAAUCGGCCUGGGGCAAAGCCUACCGGUACUUCCCGCUCAAGCUGACCUUCUUGACCAGCAUUCUAAUCUUUGAGCUAGGCAAUCUUCUCGCGGGCCUUGCGCCCAACAGCCCCGCCCUCAUUGCAGGCCGCGCCAUCAGCGGCAUGGGCGGUGCGGGAAUCGUCACGGGUGUCUUUACUAUCAUCUUCAUCGUCGCGCCGCCGGGCAAAGCCUCCUCUUGCAUGGCACUCUUGGGUGUCACUUUUGGCUGCGCCAGUGUUCUGGGCCCGUUGCUUGGUGGGUUGUUUACCACCACCACUACUAACAUUCCGGGGCUGAUGGGUGGCUGGCGGUUGGCGUUCUUUGUCAAUCUACCCCUUGGUGCUCUCGCCGCCAGUCUCUUCUCGGUCGCCCUUAAGCUCCCCUCUACCGCUUCUCCUGCUACGCAGGAGGAAGAGCUGUCGCUGAUACAGAAACUGCUGCAUAUGGACCCGCUCGGAGUGUCUGCGGUCAUCGCCGCCGUGGCGUGCUUGAUCAUUGCUUUCGAGAAUGGCGCUGCCAGUGGAGAAUGGGAGCGGGCUGAUACCGUGGCCAUGCUGGUGGUGUUUGGGGUUCUCGCCAUCGCCUUUGUGCUGGUGGAGUUUUGGCAAAAGGAGCAGGCCAUGAUCCAGUUCCGCAUCCUCAAGCAGUGGAAGAUCGCCGGCAAUACGGCCAUCAUCUUCUUCGUCUCCGCUGUGUACAUGCCCCUUCUUUAUACCCUGCCCAUCUACUUCCAGUCGGUGCAGGAUCUUUCCGCGGCUGACAGUGGCUUUCGCACUAUCCCGCUUAUCCUGGGUGUGUCCAUCUUCACCAUCAUCGCCAAUACCUCCAUGCCAAAGCUGCCCUGGGAGCUAUGGCUCGUUGUUGGGCCCGUUACCAUGAUGGUGGGUGCUGUAGGCUUGUACACGGUCGGUAUUGACACCCCCUUGCCCUAUGCCCUUGCAUUUCAGGGGCUGACUGGCGCAGGCAUCGGCCUUGUGCUGCAGGUUCCUAUGAUGGCUAACCAGCGUCUUGUGGCCUCUCCGUCUGACAUUGCAGGCGUGACUGGUAUUACUCUGUUCUUUGAGCAGACCGGGAAUCUUCUCAUAACAGCCGCUGUUGAGGCGACCUUUGUGGACGGUUUGGUCCAAUGCGUAACCGACCGGGCCCCCCAGAUUCCUGCUAGCCUAGUUAUUCAGGCCGGAGCCACAGGUAUUCGGCACAAGUUUGGUCCGGACUCGCCUCUCGUUCUGGACUGCUACAUGGAUGGUCUUCACAAGACUACCAUCAUUGGCCUGGUGUGCGCAGUGAUUGCCUCGCUCGUUGCCUGUAUUGAGGUGUCUGCCGUCUUGCUUGGUCGCCGGAGCAAGUAAGAAUUUACCCGGGCAGUCCAGAUAUGUAGUAGCUAGGAAAUGAGAAUGUGUUGAUGGAAACUUUUCUUUUCUUGAUUCAGCCUAGGAUUGAUGAGUGAUAUUGUACCGUGACGGUAUUAGCCUCCGUAGCGUACCAAGGAAAUGAGAAUGUGUGGACAGAGACCUGUUGAUUUGGCCCCUGUGAUGAAUGUAAUACUGUCUGGUAGUAAGAGUUUGCGUUACGUACCUACAUUGUGAGUUCUGAC